AAUAAUCGCCGUGCGUGUUACUAUUUCGCUAUUCGGAAAAGCAGCUUAAAUUUACUGUGAUUCGCGAGCCAUUUCACUUUCCCGUGCGAUCGCAUUGAUGCAGGUGAACUGGAGAAGACCCGCAGUGUGUGAUUAUUACCAUCGUGAACUAAUUGUGGUGCUGCCGUUGGCAGAAAAAGUUCGUCCGAUCUUCGCGUAGAAUUUUGCUAACUCAACAAUCGCAAGUGCGUAACAAGGAAAAUAUUUCUCUAGUUAUAAGCUGUGCAAUUUGGAUUGCCACUGGUUAUUUGUUAGGGUGCGUAGUGAUUAGUGCACAUUUUUCGCAUUUUGUGAUUGAAUUGUGGCUACGUAACAGGAGGAAAAUUCACACCCAAAACAGAUAGGUUCCGGAUUACGACGGGAGCGACCCAGGUGACGUACGGUGGAUCCGUGAAAAUGUCAGAAAAACCAACCCAAAAGCUGUCGGAAUCGGAUGACCUCACCGAUAAUUCAGCGGAUAAUGCCAACGAUGCAGCCAGAGAGGAUACAUCCCAGCAGAGCGGCUUAGCCACGGUAGAGUCCGAGUACGAUACGGCAUCGGAUUCGCCUUCGGAUGGGGAAGAGUAUGACGACCAGGAAGACAGUGACAGUGGCGAGGAAGAGUUGAUGGCCGGCAGUGACGGCGAAGAUGAGGACGAAGAAGAAGAUGGAGACGAUGGAUCUGAUGACGAUGUGAUUGAAGUGUUGGACUACGAGCGCCAGAGUGGCGAUGGUCAGGAGCAGGAGGCGGAUGCCAAGCGAAAGGUGGAUGACGAUGAGGAUCGCAGCAAUCCUCAGUAUAUUCCGAAAAAGGGAACAUUUUACGAACACGACGAUCGGACAGUGGAAGACGAGGACGAGGGAAAGGACGCAGAUGACGAGAACGCCAAAAAUGACGAUGCUUCCGGUAUGGGUGGAGAGCGUAAAGGAAUUGAUAAAAAUGCUGCUUCAAAGACGAUGAAAAAGUGGCAAGCUUCCGCGGAUCGCUGGACGCACGAUCGGUUCGAUGAAAGCGAACAGGCUCCGAAGUCGAGGGCAGAGCUGGUGUCCGCCUACGGAUAUGAUAUCCGCAGUGAGGAUGGUCCACCACGUGCCCGCAGGAGAAGACGUUAUGCUCGUGGUCCUAACAAAUAUACCAGAAACUGGGAGGAUGAGGAUGCCUACUCGAAAUCUAAUAACAAUCCAGAGCAUAAUCGAGUACGGAAAGUACCGCGUCCGGAAGAAUUCCCAGAGCUUGGAAGCAACAGUGGUGGCAAAGUACGAAGUACUCAGAGUUCACGACGAGCCAGUAAAACGAGCCGAUCGUCGAUUAACGAGCGGUUGGAUGAGCGAAGCAGCGGUCGCCAGCGUGUAGAGCGUCGAACUACCGAGCGAGCUCGUGCCAGUAACAACAAUAGUCGAAGUGGAUUAGACCGCGAUCGGGAUCGUGCUAUUGAUAGAGAUCGCGGUGCAGAUCGGUAUGACCAGCGAACAGAUAGGAAUGACCGAAUGGACAGAGAACGUGAUCGCGAUCGUAAUUGGGAUCGGGAACGUGAAUACGAUCAAUACGAGCAAAAUAACUAUCGAGACAGUAGGGCCGACGGUAGUCGGUACAGUUCUGAGCGAGUCAAUAGUGUCAAUAACUAUCAUAAUAAAGAAAAUAAGAUUAACAAUCGUGGAAGCAAAGAAAAAGACCGCCGAGGACCCGACUAUAAGGUGAUCACAUCGCUGCAAUUUAAGAAUCAAACUAGAAACAAAAAUGUCGAGCCAGGAAUGCCGAUGCCUGCUGGGGGCGGUGCUGCUGGUCAAGUUGUUCACAGCAACAGUGCUGGAGCGUUAUCCGGUAGCAGUAACAGCAAUAAGAUGAACAAUACAUUAGAAAGAGUUCAAACUGUUUCAGAUCGUAUACUGGAUCAACGGACCGUUCAACAUCACUACCAGAAUCAGUCAGCACAGCUGAUCCAGCAACAGCACUCUCAACAGCAACAGCCAUCGCAGCAACAGCAGCAGUUGACACAAGCUCAAAUGGCAUCUCCCCAAACACAGGUUCACCCAGCUCACACGCAGCCGCCGCCGCAACCGAUUCAGCAGCAUCACCAACAGGCCGCCUACGUGAACGAUGAUCAUUAUGAUUCUUACAACGAAUCAAAGAUGCCGAAAGACGCCAAAUUCCCGUACAAUCCUCCCGCCAAUGCUACAAUUCAAUCAGUCGAAAUUGGUCAAACCGAUAUUGCCAAAUAUCCACCACCGACUGCACAAAGAACCAGCAAAGAUCGCCAACAGGUGUUGGCUACGACUUCCACCGGUGUGGCCAUGAGCACCCGCUCUCAGAUAUCGCCACGACAGAUAGUUUCAACACAAGCAAAUCAGCUAACAACGAUUUCAGCCAGUCAACAGCAACAGUUAGCCCAUCAGCAACAGCAACAACAGCAGCUCCAGCAGCAGCAGCAACAACAACAGACUCAACAGCAAUACCAACAGCUCCAACAGCAAGCACAAUAUCAGCAGCAGCUGCACUCACUGGCUAGUCAAUCGGCACCUCCCACGGUUUCACAAGCCCCUCAAACUCAAGGUCCGCCUCCGCAGUUACCCCAGCAGCAGCAGCAAGCGCAGCUUGCACAAUCUGCCACACCCCAAAUGCACAACGUUCACCUGGCCGGAGCUCUGCCAAACACAGCCGUCAACCAGCAGCAGAUGCUGCCAAGUGACAGCAGUUCUCGGUCCGCGAAACGAUAUUCCAGUCUUCGCCAACGAUCCACCUUGGAUAAUCCCAACGUAGUCGUCGUCCAAUCGCCGUUACACGAACAACAACAACAGCAAUUGCUACAACAACAGCAACAGCAGCAGCUGUUGCUUCAACAAGAACUCCAACACCAACAACAACAAAAACUUGGCACACAAGCACCGAAGCCAGGUUAUCAAUUAAACCAACCGCCGCAGCAACCAACGUUGCCGCUGAACCUGCCGAGCGACUAUCUCGUCCAAAGCGCCAGUCAAACGACCGCUUCAAACAAACCGCAAUCGGCAAGUCAGGCUCCCGUCCAGUAUCAACACGCAGCUGCCUACUACACGGCUACGACACCCACUGGAACGGAUUUCGUUACCGGCACGCCCGCACAGCCGGUGCAGGUUCAACAGCAACCGCCAGUACCGGCGGUACCAGUAGUUCCCGCACAACCAAACCCGAUACUAUCCGCCGCACAAUACCCGCAGUACAACCAACCCAGCUCGACUUCCCAUCAGUACAUCCAAGCUCCACCGCCUGCCGCGUACAUCCCACAGUCAACGGCAACACCUCAGCCAGCCCCGCAACCGGCAGCAGCUGCUCCUCCUCCCCAAAUUCUAAAUUAUGUCCCUUCAAUCACACCAGCUACCCCCGCGCAGUAUCCUGCUGCUCCAUACACCGGGUACCAGAACUACAAUUCUGUCGUGCCCCAGCCGGUAGUGCCACCAACCGUGCCACACAAUCCAUCCCCAUCGGCAGCGACGGCAGCUCUCUAUCAGUCCAGCGGUGGAAUCACCUAUUACGCCCCGCAAUCACAGACGCAAGCCCCUAGACCACUACCGUCGCAACGACGACCGACCAGUGCGAUCCCGAUCCUAGCACCACCGGAUCGUAAGGCGAAAAACAAUCGUUCCGGAGCGGAUGCCGCCGGAAACAGUGGCAACGAGAACGAAGAUAACGGCGGAGCGACGGUUAGCAGUAGCGGGGGUAUGACGGGCACAACCGCAACCAGUAGCGGUGGUUCGGCGGCCGGCACCAGUAGUGCACCGAUCGCGAGCGAUAUCGACCACAUUCUGGAUAACAUGUUCGUGCAGCGACCACCGUAUCAGCCACCGGCACGGAAAAGUCCUUCGCCGGCACCGGCACCCGGACAGGCAGCGGUCGCUGCUGUGAGCAGCGUUGGCGCGGCAAACAAGACCGAAAGCGGUACGGCGUUGCUGCCGGAUCCGGCUAAGGAUCUCGAUAAGGAGUCGAUCGAUAAGAUUGGUGAUUCAGUGCAGAAACUAACCAUCCAGGAGGAAAAGCUACCGAUAGUGGAAGCACUGGCAGCCGGCGGCCAGAACGACAAGCUUGAAAUCACACCUGCAGCGGCCAUCGAUUCGACGGCCGGUUGACGCUACUAAAUCGUUCGCUGCGUCCACGCACGGAUGGGAUCGCCUCGAGCAGGUCAGGUCGCCAACAAUUGUACUCUAGAUCAUCAUUUUGGGUUAUCGUCGCUUCUAAACACUUGCGUCGUCUUCCAAAGGCGGCGGCUGUUGUACGUACCAGUGGUAGUGUAAUUGCACCUAGCUAGCGCCGCGAAGCAUGAUCCCCGCCCCAUUAUCUAAAUGCUACUUCGGUGCGUUUUUUCCCCUUUCCUAGCAUUAAUAUCAACCGUUGUUAGAAUAUACGAUGAAUCAAUGUAUGUUAGCAUUAGUAAAAUGCUAUGCACGAUAUUCUUCUGUAUCUUUUUUUGUCUUGACAAUGUCAAAUACGAGAACUAUUAGACAACAGAACACAUAACAAAUUUCGACUUGUACCGGUACAAAAGAAGAAGCUUUUGCUGGUUUUGUGCGCCACAGUGUGUGAUCUAACAGAUUGGGUUGUUUUGUACUACCGUCAACCGCCGGACUGUAAGCUUGAAGCACUCCGAUGCUAAUUUUGAAAUUUAGUUUAGCAUUUAAGGUGAGAUAUUUUAAUAAAACUGAUUUAGCAUACCGCUUGAGUAAAUGUAAGGAACAAGUUGUUGAUUAUGAUACGAAACUUUCUCAUUUGGUAUUUUGCUUAUGCUGCCGAUUGGAUAAGCGUACUUUCACAGCGUUUUGGUUUGGUUUGUGCUUAGGGAUGGAACACACACACGCACUCACACACUAAUCGGGCGAUUUAUUGAUCUUAAGCUCUAUCCUUAUUCAAAACACAUUAGUUAGCAAUGUGCGAUCUACUAUACACUGCACCCGAUAAGUUUGAACGUUCGCAAUAGAGGACAGAGAAGGUUUAGUCUCUCUGGUCGUGAGUUAUAUAGUGACUCAUACUUCUUUACCCAAGGAAGGGUUUGUUGGAGUUCGAAAUUUGAAAAAAGUAGUGUGUUUAUCGUGUGUAGAUUUGCAUGAUAGCAGAAACUGACAGAGACCGGUAUUGCUGCCGCAGUUCACUAACAUGAUAUUGGUAUUUUGGAACAUUGAUCAAUAGAAACUGUACGAUCUAGAUAUAACAUAAUUGCAAGAAAAAAUGAACUGUAUUUAUAAUUUAAAUUUGUAUGAUAAGCAUAUAAAGUCUAU